AUGCCGGCAGCAAAUGCCAGUGUUUGUCUCCGCAAUUUCUCGAGCUCGGUUUGCUUGUUCACAGAUAACGUCAGCGCGCCACAAAGCGACGCUGAGAAGGCAAAAAAGAUGAAAAAGGACGAGUCUAGUGAUGAUGGGGAUCAAUCGCGAGCGGCGCUUUGGAACCAGAUGCUAAACACCAUUAUUGUCGAGCCUGUGGGCCGCGCACCAGCAGAUACGAAACGCAAUUCUCACGAUGGAUUUGCAAAUGCCAUGGAUAUGUGGAAUGGAGGUGUGCUGUUGGAACGCAAGGGCGCUGAAAUCCCGAACACUAUGAUUAAGCAACUCGACCAGGAGUUCCGCGGACGCCCGACACUAGGCAUGUCGUCGCCUGCGACGCCGACGACGGGGCGCUCCAUCUCUGCGGCGAACACAUACGGGAACAAUUCUGCUUCUAUGCUGUAUAGAAACUUGAUGAGCACGUUGCGGCGCAACAAUAUUCGUCGCGAGCUUAAGCUCGGCGAACGGUACGAGAAGCCGAACCAAAUGCGUCGCAGAAAGCGCUCGGAACGCCAUCGCCGUCGGUUUGCAGACAUGAUUCGCAAGAAAGUGCAACUUUAUGCGGGGUACCGUACUGAAGACGAAGUGUACCUGCCGGAGGACUCGACACCUGCAAUGUGGCAGCGCAUAGCACAACUAGUUGCAGGUACCUUAGCUGCGGGGACCAUGGCGUAUUUUGCUUUGUUUGCUGAUUUUGGUGUUCAGGACCACUGUUUCAUUCCGCUCCGCGAGGCAUUAAAUAUUCAUCCUAAUACACUGCGUGAUUUGCUUGCGCCACCAGAGCCCAAGGCGCAGUGA